UCUACAGAUCAUUUGUCAAACAUGCUCUUUGACUCUGUGUAGAAAUCUGAACCCUAAUCUCUUGACAAAUGGUCAAUUGCUGCUUUUAAAUACGCAUGGAAAUAUGUAAUUUAAGUGCAGCAGAAGCAAAACCACCUCGGAUUCAAUAAAGUUGUCAAUGUUAAAAAAGAAAACGGUAACAAACUUAAAAUAAAUAUUAACAAAAUAAACAAAUUGAAAUCCAGGUAAGAGAGAGGUUAGCAUUGGUGCAGACAACUGAAUAGUUUAAAAAAGAAAAAGAAAAGAAUAAAAAAGGUAGUUCUACACUCACUCUCACUCACUGCCAGUCUAUCUGCCAGUUUGGAAAUAAUUGUUUAUUCCAAUCAGUGCUGCCAAACACACCUCUGGCAGCAUCUGUGAUUCAACACAUCUUGUGAGUAAGAUCUCUCACUCACUCUCUCCCACCAUCUUAGAAAUUCCCUUCUUCCCCCAACUCUCCUUCCUCCAAUUUGUUCCUCAUCUUCCACUCCUCGGUUUCUCGUCCUGUAGAGAAACCUUCCGCUUCGGAAAGUCCGUUAAGUACGCCUCAGUUUCAAAUCCUGGAUCCGUCCCUGCUAAUAAGGGUUUAGCACAACUCACUUUUAGAAUCCUGGAUCCAUCCCCGGUGAAAAGUUCAGCGUCCUCUAUUUUCAAAUCCUGAAUCCGUCCUGGUCGAGAAAAUGCAAGACCACAUUGGCAUUCCUGCUUGCUUCUCAUCAGGUGAGAAGUUAAGUGAUGAUGCUUCGGCUGUGACUAGGUCAGGCCACAGUGUGUGCAUGUCAGUGUACAGAGCCAAGAUAGCCGGUCAGAGCCGCUUGAUCACGAUCACAUGGUGCAAAAACCUGCUCCUCCACGGCCUGUCGGUGUCCGUGGAGGGCCCGGAUGGAGAUCAAACCCAGCAGCACACCUGCAAAGUUGAGCUCAAGCCGUGGUACUUCUGGAGGAAGCAAGGCUCCAAGCGCUUUGUGGUUGAUGAGAAAGCAGUGGAAAUCUACUGGGACCUCAAGGCGGCGAAAUUCAACGGCGGGACGGAGCCGAAAUCGGAGUACUACGUGGCGGUUGUUUGUGACGAGGAAGUUGUUUUGGUUCUUGGUGAUCUCAAAAAAGAUGCUUAUAGAAAAACAGGUUUUAGACCUGCCCUGACUGAUCCCACUUUGGUUUCCAAAAAGGAGCACAUUUUUGGUAAGAAAAAGUUUUCCACAAAAGCUAAGUUUUAUGAGAGAGGCAGAUCGCAUGAAAUUGCAAUUGAAUGCAAAAACAGAGGUGGUGGCGGCGGCGGCAGCGGGAGCAUUGGGAGUGGAAGUACCCUAAAUGGGGUGGAGCCGGAGUUGGAGAUUAGGGUUGAUGGGCAUUUGGUGGUUCAUGUGAAGCAUCUUCAAUGGAAGUUUAGAGUACGUGAUUGGUUUAGAUAUCCACCUUGUUUCCCCACCAGAAGAGAAUGAGCUAGGGUGGCAAAUUAAAUGGGACAUCAAGGAAUGGGGACAUCAUGGGAUGGUGAGGAUGCAGAUUGGAUGGUGAGUUGGAAGAUUGGAUUGGAAAACGAGGGUUUGGGACCCAAGAGGGAGGGUGGUUGGAGGUUAGUUACAGCUGGGAUGAACAAAUGGGCAUGAUUGGAGGAAGACAGAUUGUAUCACACAAUACACAUACAUGCUCAAUAAUUUGCCAAUCUAGAGAGGCAUCUUUCCACCUCUUAUAUUUUUUUCCUCUUUCUUGAUCUAAUCUUUGAUAAUUGAGCAAAUUUUUCCUACCAGCAUGUGCAUAUGGGAAUGUGUUGUCUUCCAAAGUUCUUUAUAUGAAUAUAUAUAACUUUAUUUA